AUGUGGAGUGUUUUACAAAAUGUUCAGGUGGCCAGAAGAGCUUGUCAGCCCCAGGAGAACAGAAUUUUGCCAGCCAGCAGUGCCGUUUUGUGCCAACAGAGCAGGCCUCAUUUCCCUUGGCACUCAGACAUUAGUGCAAAAUUCCUGGGCAUGACUGCAGGUCCUCUGUCCCAGGAAGAAAGCAGAAAGUCCACCUUCCAAAAGGUUAGGACUCUGCUCGGUCGUUUAGGUCAUGAGUUAUUCCUAGGCCAGUUAAGAGCCAAAGAAUAUUCCGUUUUCCUUUACUUGCAGUUGAAAACCACAUUCAGUAGAGGUGCGUUUGAAGCUAGGUGA